AAACCCAGUAGUCGAAUGGAACUGAAGAGGUCCCUUGAAUACCGGGUAAAGAAGAGGGUGAAGGAGCAAUAUGUGAAUGGGAAGUUUCAUAACCUCUUAGAAAAAGUGAUUGCCAAUCCAGAAACGCUUCAAGAUGCUUACAACUGUAUUAGACUAAAUUCGAAUGUUGAUAUAAUGUUAAAUAAUGAGACAACGUCUUUUGAAUCGGUGCCUGAAGAGCUGUUUUGUGGUAACUUUGAUGUCAAGGCCAAUACUGUGUCAAUCUCAACAAGAGGUGCAAGGAAAGAAGUCUUAGUCCUGCCCAAUUUGAAGUUGAAGGUUAUUCAGGAAGCUAUCAGAAUAGUGUUGGAAGUUGUGUACAGGCCCCACUUUUCUAAGAUAUCACAUGGUUGUCGAAGCGGGAGAGGACACUUCACAGCUUUGAAAUUCAUCAAAAAGGAUAUAUGUGCUCCCAUUUGGUGGUCGACACUAAUUGUAAACAAAAAGCUUGAUACUUGUAUUCUUGAUAAACUAAUAUCAGUUUUGGAGGAAAAGAUAGUAGACCCAGGGUUAUUUUCUAUUAUCCGAAGCAUGUUUGAGUCUCAGGUUAUCAAUUUGGAGUUUGGGGGUUUUCCUAAAGGUCAUGGUCUUCCACAAGAGGGAAUCUUGUCACCUAUAUUGAUGAAUAUAUAUCUUGAUCUUUUUGACCGUGAAUUUUGCAGAUUGUCGCUGAAAUAUGAAGCUCUAGAUUUGGAUUUAGAAGCUAAUCAUCAAAAGUCCCAGUCCAAGCUGCGUAGCUGGUUUCGGAGAAACCUGAAAGCCAAAGAUCUUAGCGGUGCAGGUGAAGAGAAAUUCAGCUUAAGGGUUCAUUCUUGUCGCUUCAUGGAUGAAAUAUUUUUAGCAGUUUCUGGUUCUAAAGAUGCUGCUCUCGGUUUCAAGUCCGAGAUUCAGAAUUACUUGAAGAAUUCUUUGCACUUGGAUGUUGAUGAUGAAACAGAGCUAUUACCAUGUGACGGUCUGCAUGGGAUCCGCUUUAUGGGCACUUUGGUUAGAAGAACGGUGAAAGAAAGUCCUGCCACCAAAGCUAUCCACAAGUUGAAGGAAAAAGUUGAGUUAUUUGCUAUACAGAAACAAGAGGCAUGGGAUGUGGGGACGGUUCGUAUAGGGAAGAAGUGGUUGGGGCAUGGUCUGAAGAAGGUGAAAGAGUCGGAAAUUAGGCAUUUGGCUGAUCCUGAAUCUGUUUUGAGCCAAAUUUCGCACUUUCGUAAAGCUGGCAUGGAAACUGAUCAUUGGUACAAGCACUUGCUAAAGAUAUGGAUGCAAGAUAUUAAAGCAAAAGCAGCAGCAGAGUGUGAGGAAACUAUCCUUUCAAAGUAUGUUGCAGAACCCGCUUUACCACAAGAACUAAAAAAUUCCUUUUACGUAUUUCAAAGGCAUGCACAAGAGUAUGUUUCCUCAGAGACAGCUUUUACUUGUGCCCUUUUGAAAAGUUCAGAUGCUUCUACCCAACCCGUCAUCAUCACUCAGAUUUUUGCACCUAUUAAUGCUAUAAAAAAGCGCCUCCUACGUUAUGGAUUGGUCACAACCAAAGGUUACUCCCGUGCAUGUUCUUGUCUCAUUUUGCAAGAUGACAACCAAAUCAUUGACUGGUUUUUAGGCAUUGUUCGCCGCUGGUUUAGAUGGUACAGUGAGUGUGAUAAUUUUUCUGAUAUAAAGUUCUUAGUUUGUGGUCAAAUUAGGAAAUCUUGCAUCCGAACUUUGGCGUCUAAGCACCAUAUCCAUGAAACUGAGAUAGAGAAAAGAUUUGAUGCAGAAUUGAGCAGGAUCCCGUCUUCUGAGGAUUUAGAGCAAGAGAUGGUGAAUGAUGAGACGUCGGAUGUUUUUGAAAAAGAUGAGGCAUUGAUGUAUGGGAUUUCUUAUAGUGGUUUGUGUGCGCUAUCUUUAGCAAGGAUGGUGAGUCAAUCACGGCCUUGCACUUGUUUCGUUACAGGCUGCCAGGCUCCAGCACAAAGUGUGUACUCUCUUCAUGUGAUGGAAAGACAGAAAUUCCCAGGCUGGAAAACGGGGUUCUCAAGCUGUAUACAUCCUAGCUUGAAUAGACGGAGAUUUGGGUUGUGUAAACAACACUUGAAAGAUUUAUAUCUUGGUCACAUAUCACUUCAGUCUAUUGACUUCGGUUCAUGGAAAUGAGCUUCAUUAGCAUGUUGUAACAAGGAGCUUCUGCAAUGUCUUAAGCUUGUGUAGUUGAAAAAAAAAAGGAUGUUUGGAAUACAAGUUGACCCAUUUCAGCAUGAGAAAGAGUUUACUCUGAGUCGUUUUUCUGGUAACUGUUUGUCCCCUUGGUGGUGGCCUGCGGCUCAUGUUCUGCAUAUUGCUAAACUGUUCGUCCGGUUGU